GGCGGCAGUGCCAACGGAGAAGACCAUAACACAUACCCUUAAGCAUUGCAAGCUGAGACCAUGAAGUGCUUCCUCACCUCGUUCAUACUGGUAGCAACCACAUAUAGCUAUGUAACCUCGGCGCUUGCAGCUCGUGCCGGAUUGGAGCGACGCCGUAUGCUGCACACUACCAUCGCCACAUUGGCAACAGCAGCGUCGACCAAUAAGAUAGAUCCAGCCCACGCGGCGGAUGCUAAUAUCAAGAGCAGAACUGAUGGAUAUACCGUCCAGCGCACGGAGCGAGAAUGGGCUUACGUGUUGAGCGGGGCACAGUACAACAUCCUUCGACGGGGUGGCACCGAGCGCCAAAAGAGCAGCAUUUUGAAUACCUUCACGGCUGCCAAUAAGAGUGGCACGUACAGCUGUGCUGGUUGCAACACCGCCCUAUUUGCGAGCAAUGAUAAAUUUAAUAGCAAUACAGGUUGGCCAAGCUUUGCUUCGGCCCUUCCUGGUGUGGAGGUAGAAGAGUUGGAUCCUGUUCGAGCCACGUUGAAUGGCCGAGAAGUGAGAUGUGGUACCUGUGGAGGGCAUUUAGGAGAUCUCUUCAACGAUGGCUGGGUCUAUGUUGGGACUUCCGCCGCUAAGACUGGUCAGAGGUAUUGCAUCGAUGGAGCAGCAUUGAUCUUUAAACCACAAGAUGGCGGGCCAGAGGUGUUCGGAGACCAGCCACCCCCCAGCAAAGUUAUAAACUACGAGCCUUCCAUGUACAGAGAAGCGCGGUAAAAUACAUCUGUGUUGGUGCUUCAGUGAGACUAUGAUACCGUAUCACAAUGAUUCGUACUACCUUACACAAGUAUACAAACUAAACAUAGGAUAAGAAUGAUCAGGAGAAUAUGCUGGUGAUGCGGAGACGCUGGACAAAUGUGUUGAAGCGGCGACAGCUAUAGUCUUCUCGGUCGCCGUCUACGUCGAUGGGGGACUAGACGAUUGUUCAGAUUUUAUCGAGACUCUAUCUAGUAGUGACAAGGAUGUGAGCGGGAGCUCACACAAGUUCGAUCCAAAAAGAAGACGAAGACGUACCAACGACUCUCCCCAACUGUGGACCAGAGCCAACGUGAUCGUGAGUUUUGCGAGGAUGGAAUUGGUGCGUUGCUCGUGCUUGCAUUGGUCGGCUGCAAGUACGUGCACUGUACAACGCACCCAAUGUGGCCGGUAAAGAUAGCGGUACCGGUACCGAUACCUGUACCUGUACGGCAUGGAGGGAGGGAGAGGUUUUACCG